CACUUCAUAUACUGACGGAGCAUUGGCGACUAUCAUUUCCAAUUAAGAUAUGCAAACAGGAAGGAUAUAGUCAACUGUUUGAGUGAAAUUUGCAUACAAACAAUCUGAAGGGGGUGAAUUAAAUGAUUCCCCUACUGGAUGUAAUCACUGAGGGUGAUUAACCGUUGAGAUGAGAUUUUAACUUACACUACUUCUUCUCCGGUUUUCGUUUCAAGCCGAAAACCGCGAAGUCUUCAGAUUUUUCAAGAAGUCUUUUAGGACAAAUGGCAUGAAGAUGUUGGGAGUUAUUUUGUAUGUUUUCACUUUGAUGUUAAUUGUUGUUUUUCAAUUUAAUGUGGGUGUACUAAGCGAAUUUACUGACUGUCAGAAUCUGUGUUUGUGUGAUGGGACGAAGGUUAUUUGUGAGAACGCCACUUUGAAAACGGUACCAGAAUUCCUUCAUAGGAAUUUGACAUCACUGUCGUUCAUCGGAACUGGUAUAAAGAUACUACAGAAGAAUGCCUUUAGAAAAUAUCCGAAUAUUCGUUUUCUAAGUUUUACAGACCGUGAUGUACCAUGUCAGUUAGAAACCAUAGAAGCGGGGGCAUUUAAUGGCCUGUACCACUUGAAAUCAAUAACGAUUGGAGGAUGUGAGAAGUUACAGAAUAUCGGCCCCGGUGUUUUUACCCAAUUCCAAUCUCUGGAAACACUAGAUAUGUUCAGAAAUGGAAUCGCCGCUAUUCCAGAUUUCAGUGCAUUUUCAACACGGUACGGAUCAGGUUGGCUGGAACGAAUUGUGAUACGCGAAAACAGCCAAAUCACAGAAAUUAGAGAAAACAGUUUUUCUGGCGUCAAAACACUUGAACUCCGUCUGAAAGGAAGCAAACUUGGUUCCAUUCGCAAUGGCGCUUUCUUUAAUGCAAGCAUAUAUAAAUUAGAUCUUCUAGACAAUAUACGUCUCACCGUUUUGGAGGAUAACGCUUUUCAAGGAAUUAGCGGACUGAAGCAUUUAGACCUUUCUAAUACUGCAAUCAAGAAACUUCCCACCAAUGGUCUGACGAACAUAGAAACACUUGUCAUUCGCGAAACAAAAACGCUAAAAUCAUUCCCAGCCGUUGUUCGAUUUAACAAGUUAAUUCGAGCAAAGUUAACAUAUCCACACCACUGCUGCGCAUUUAAAAAUCCAGAAAAACAAUAUCCGGCCGAAUGGGAUGACUUCCGGCGACGAGUAGAGGCCGAGUGCGCCAGAACAACAAGUCCCUUCGCUGCAGGAACAUCAACAACUCCCAGUCCUUUUGGAAAAUUCCCUCGACAAAAGUCGACUAGGAGAAGAUCAAAACGAGGCCUUUACGUCGAUGAAUUGGCCAAUCAAAACAUUCCUUAUAUCUUGCAAAACGAGUCUGUUCGAAAAUGGUCGAGUUUUGGGGAUGGUGGUAUUGGUAAUGGAAAUGGAUUUGGAAAUAUCGUGAAUUCAUCAGAGAUUGGAGAAAACACGAUAGACAGACCGACUCAGGGAGGAAGUUUUGUAACUUUCACUAUACCGACCAAUUCUACGGGGUAUCAGUCACAAGUGUUAUGUGGAGAGGUUGUUUUCAUGCACCGAAAAGUAGAAUGUACCCCCGUACCGGAUGCUUUCAAUCCUUGCGAAGAUGUGAUGGGUUCCGAAUGGCUUCGCAUAUUUGUCUGGCUGGUUGUCUGGGCUACACUUAUUGGCAAUAUCAUCGUUUUAGUUGUUCUACUAUCCAAUCAUAAGAAAAUGACCGUCACCAAAUUCCUUAUGUGUAAUUUAGCGUUUGCAGAUUUCCUCAUGGGAGUUUAUCUCUUACUUUUGGCAGCCAUUGAUAUCCAUACUCUCGGCGAAUACUUUAACUUCGCAAUAGCUUGGCAAAAUGAGGGAGGGUGCCAAGCAGCAGGGUUUUUAACUGUGUUUUCGUCAGAGCUGUCGAUCUUUGCUUUAACUGUUAUAACACUAGAGAGAUGGUAUGCCAUCAGUCAUGCCAUGCACCUUACAAAACGGUUAAAGCUUCGACAGUCGUGUGUCGUAAUGGCGCUGGGCUGGCUAUACGCUGUACUUAUGGCGGUCUUGCCGUUAGUUGGCAUCAAUGGAUACGGUAACGUCAGCGUCUGUUUACCUAUGGAUAUCACCAAAACAGGAGACGUUGUUUACGUCAUUUCUCUGCUGGUCUUGAAUGGUUUAGCUUUUAUCGUUAUUUGUAUGUGUUAUAUCAAUAUGUAUUGUCGUGUUCGAGGAAAUGACUCUACUUUACAUAGUUCCGACACCAGAAUUGCCAAACGAAUGGCAACACUUAUUUUCACGAACUUCAUCUGUUGGGCACCCAUUGCAUUUUUCGGAAUAACCGCAGCAGCCGGCUGGCCACUUAUAGACGUGUCUAAUUCUAAAAUCCUCCUCGUUUUCUUCUACCCUUUGAAUUCGUGUGCGAAUCCAUAUUUAUACGUCAUAAUUACUAAGCAAUUCCGGAAGGAUACCAUUUUGUUGCUUGCAAAAUAUGGGAUUUGUACGGAGAGAGCAAAUCGGUGCAAAGGAACGGUUACCAAUUCCAAAACAUUGACGCAUUCUAGAAAGAACAGUUUAGCUGUACAUUCCGUCAUUCAUCCUGCCAGUAACAAUUUAACGCACAGUACUGACGUCACCAUUAAAGAAAAUGGCGUCUCCAAUGAACCAAGUAGUCAUGAACUGAACGUCAUUGAACAAAAUUCACCAGUCAAAGAAAGAAAUAUAAGAAUGUUGUGGAAAAUGCAGCGUUCUUUUUCAAAUUCCAUUUCUAGUGAAAACCAAACGGAGCGAAAAUUAGAUUCGCUGCAGUUUUAUGAUAUGUGCAAUAAUGCAGACCUUUUACAAGAAGAGGAUGAUUCUUUAGCUAGUACAGCAAUAGGAUUUCAGGAUCAGGAUCAAUCCUGUUCCCAAGAAUCCCUCCCCGAAGGCAACCAGCACACUCAUCCAGAAACAAAACCUAACUGUAUUCAAAAAUCUCAAUCCCAAAAUCUUGAGAUUGAUUCAAAUAAAGCAGAGUGUGUAUCAUCCAAUGAAGACCUUAAUGCUGGACAUUCCAGCGACAAUGUUUCUGUAGAAACUUCAAAGUAUUUAGACUGUUAUAAAUCGCUUGUUGCUGGAAAUCCUUCCAGCGUAAUAAAAGCAGACGAUCAUUUAUCCCGAAAAUCCUCGAUUGUCAGUACCGUUAGUCAAUACGAUGAAAAGAGCACUUUAUAUAAUGGAGUCGAACAUAGAUAGUUGGCAAAACAGACAUCCAAUUUGUUGGAUUCUGACACAAUCAGCACCUAUUUCUGGAUUUUUUGAGUAUAUAUGGGCAUAUUUUGUGUUUUAUCCUCUUGCAUAUACAUACAUUAAUUGGUAAUGACAUACAUACAAAAAGUUGAAGCAUGAAAAAUACAAGUAUAUUUCUCCUUGUGCAACUAUCUUUAAAUUACUCAAUAUGUAAUUAUGAUACACUGAAUGGUGUUUAAGAUAAAUAGUUACCAAGUGACCUUGACCUUUGAGAUGCAUGAAUGACAUUGCUUAUAUUCAGGACAACACACUACGUUUAAAUACAUUCCAAUCAAAGGUGUGAAAGCUAUGGUCCCCACCCGAUCCUGUGAUUGAACACUGAACAGACAGACACACUGAUGUCAUGCUAAUUGCAGCCUUCUAUUGAAGACAUAAUGACCUAUCGUUACUAUUUCUUCUAUUUGUGGGUCAUAACUUUAUUUGUUGUUGCCGAUAAGAUAAAUGUGUGCCAUGUCCUUGACUCAAGGUCACCUCUCAAAGGUGAAGGUCACUAGGCAAUAAGGUAUGAAAAAUUUGAUUUUAAAAAGUCUGUGGCUACACAUUAUUUGUUGAUAAAAAUUUAUUCAUAUAAUUAUAAAUCAUUACAUGGAAUAAUUAACAUAUUUCAUAUUGAUGUCGAUGAAGGUCAGGGGAUCAUUGCGAAUGGAGAAUCAUAAAUUUGUGUUUGACCCAAGAA